AUGUUCGAUUACUGCUCAACAAUGACAACUUACUCAGGGAAGGGGCAGCGCAUGCAUUUGCUCAGUACAAUAUGGAUCAAUUCACUCCAGCUAAGCUUGAAGGUCACGAUGAGCCUGUCUAUGGUAAAACUGUUGAUGGACAACAAACGGUUAUUGCCUGCAUUGAGAGUCACCAGUUCCAGCCUAAAAAUUUCUGGAAUGGCCGUUGGAGAUCUGAGUGGAAGUUUACUGUGACACCCCCUACAGCUCAGGUGGUUGGUGUCCUCAAGAUUCAGGUUCAUUACUAUGAAGAUGGAAACGUCCAGCUAGUUAGUCAUAAGGAUAUACAAGAAACCUUGCAAGUGACAGAAGCCCUCAUAAAGCAGUAGUGCAUUUAUCCCUGGCCAUUUUAAAUAGCACUUGUGACACAGAAAUGUUUAUGGAAUUUUCUGCUGAGGGAAGAAGCGGAUUUAAAUGAAAGGACACUUCUCUGUAUAGAACAUGAGCAAAGACUUGUUUAGAGUACUGAUUUGCUUCAGGGUUAAACAGAGCUCCCCAGACUUGUCUAAAAGAAAUGUUACUCUACAGUACUUUCUGCAGAACUCCAUUGCUAAUUGUUGAAGUGAUACUUUCAGCAUUUACAUUAAUGAAUUCAUAAUGUCUCUCUUUAAAAUUGCUUCAUGACUAAGAUGCCAUAAUUCCAUAUGCAUGAAAUGUUUUAAUUCCAAAGUCUUAAAUAAACCACGUUCCCUCUAAGUGCUUGUUUAAUGGUACAGUUUGAGAAAGCUCUUUUUCUUUUGAGAAUAACCUUUCUAUAUAUGCAGGUAACUCAUUGUUUCUGUAACUGCACUGUAAUUACAGUGCAACUGUGUAGUAACUGCAGGAUAAUUAGUGUGCUGAUGCGCUAUAGUUGUGUAGCUACUAUGUAGCUGCCUUUUCCAAACAUUUACAUAGCACUUACCCUGCUGUUGCACAGUAACAGGAACUUAAGUUGUAUAACUAGUGUCUGCAUUUUUACAGGCAGGCAGAAUACAUGCUGACCCUUUGUUUUGGGGAAAAAUGAAUGGCAACAAACUCUUCAUCCUGAAAGUAAAUAAAACAAAAUGCUCGUCUUUUUACUGAUAGUGUGCUUUAGUAUCAUUUAAUAAUAAUUUGUAUAACAAAUGUAUUAACAAAAUGUUAAAAUCAUUAAUAAAAGGAUUUGCACCAAAACAAAAACAAAUUCCACAAGGAUUCAUUUUUAACUUUUUUUUUUCUUUCUUACUUCAAUACUUAAAGGGAACUGUGGUCUUGAUACAUUUUUUGUUUUUAAUUUCAGUGUGAGUUUUGCCAAAGUUCAGAUACUGUCUGCUUUUUAAGAAAACUGAAUGUCAUACAAGGGCUCUGAAGUUGGAAGAGUAAUUCUUGCAAUCCGUGUCUCAAUAUUUCAGUGCACAGGAAGCAUCAGAUAUCGCUUGGUUUAAUUAUUCACAGUUGUGAGACCAUGUUUUAAGAAAUGUAUAAAGGGUAAUGUUUGAUUUUCUGGCUUUUAAAAAUAAUUCAUGUAAGAUCUAAAAGAUGCUCCUUGGAUCCACAUGAACGUGGGAGAAGGAUAAAGCAGAGAGCCGAGUGCAGAA